ACAAAUUCAGAGCCAGGGACUUCAGUUCCUUUGCAGUCUAACACCUCUCUCCUAUGGCAACAGUAACAAAUUUCUUAGCCAAACCCCUCCGAUCCCUUCACUUCCUCCCCCAAAUCAAUAUUCUGUCUUCCCAUGGCUCGAUUGCACUACCUUUUCUUAAUAAACCCAAAAAUUCAUCAGUAAAAGUCGUACCAAAUAGAUCCAGUUUUAUCCCAAAGGCUACUGCUGCUCCUGGUACAAAGAACGCUCCAAGAGAUGAAAGGGUAAAGAAAGUUCACAGUAUUGAAGAAUUAGACGAAGUUCUUAAAUCGGCAAAGAACAAACUUGUUGUAGUGGAAUAUGCUGAGAGUCAGAGUCUCCAAAGCAGCAAAAUCUACCCGUUCAUGGUUGAGCUUAGCCGCACAUGCAACGAUGUUGAGUUCGUCCUCGUAAUGGGCGAUGAAUCGGAGAAAACACGAGAGCUUUGCAAGAGAGAAAAUAUCGACAAUGUUCCACACUUCAGUUUCUACAAAAACAUGGAAAAAAUCCACGAAGAGGAAGGUAUUGGGCCGGACCAGCUAAUGGGCGACGUGUUGUACUACGGUGAUAAUCAUUCCGCUGUGCAGCAGCUACACAGUGGGGAGGAUGUGAAGAAACUGAUAGACGAUCAUAAGGAGGAUAAAAAGCUGAUUGUUCUUGACGUGGGGUUGAAGCACUGUGGGCCCUGCGUGAAGGUUUAUCCGACGGUGGUUAAGCUGUCGAGGCAGAUGACUGAUACGGUGGUGUUCGCGAGGAUGAACGGUGAUGAGAACGACAGCUGCAUGCGGUUUUUGAGGGACAUGGACGUGGUUGAGGUGCCGACGUUUUUGUUCAUCAGAGAUGGAGAGAUCUGUGGAAGGUAUGUUGGGUCCGGGAAAGGAGAGCUUAUUGGGGAGAUUCUAAGAUACCAAGGAGUUAGAGUGACUUAUUAAAGUAGGAGUUCAAUUUAGUGAUUUUCAUGUGGAUUUGCAUGAAAAAAAAUAUAAAAAUAUUUAUGAAAU